AUGUCCCUCCCUCGAGCUUCAGAUGCCCUCCGCCGACUGCCACGACCAACGUCACAAUUACAACCAUCUCGGAACAUCACCGUCCCCCAUGGCCAUCAUCACAAGUUCCCACAUACCCACCACAACACCACCACCAGCACAACAUCCAAAUCAACGCGAUCUUUCCAUUCCACCCCUCAACUCUCCGCUGCGCGUCGCUCCCCAACCGUGCGUCGAGCCGAGGCAUCCCAAACCCGCAUUGCAUCUGCGCCUCCAGUCUAUAACACACCAGUGAAAGGACCCAAGGACGGUCGCCAUCAAUUCCUCGAAACUCACGGCAUACAGCUAUGGGCAGAUGCGCAGAGGGCUGGGGUUAUUCCGAACGCAGUGGAUAAACACAUCUUCAUGCGUGUUGGGUCUGCGCUCCUUGAAAAGGCGUAUACACAGGCACCGUCGCGAGAAGCGAUUUGGGAAAUUCAUGAUGACCCCGAUCUCACCUUCAAUAUCGGUCAAGUUGUCUCCCUCGGAAACCCCAGGUUCCGCGAAUGGGUCAUAACGGCCUGCACCCUCGCAGAAGUCCGCUUUGCAACCAUCAUAUCCGCAACUCGAAUCCUCGACAAAGCUACAACAGCCCCGACAUCAUCAGUUCCUUUCAACAGAAUCGAAUACCUAGCCUUACAGAUGCGCGAUCCCGUCUCCAUGACCUUACACGCACGAGUAUUGAUCCUCCGCAAACAAUACAACGAGGCGCUAGCAUUGAUGGAAGAAGUGAUGGGCGUUAUUCGUCCGGUUACUACUUCACGACCGAGUCAGGAUAAACAUUUUCCGUUGGACAUGGCCCCGUGGCAGGUUUAUGAGGAUGUCAAUAGGAAGCUGGGGAAUGACAAUGCGGCAGAUAAGGCCAUUGAAACGGCUGCACGGGAGUAUCAGGAUCCACAGGCGUUGCUUACGCUUGCUGGGAGACAUAUGAAGGAUGGUGAUUUGGAAAAUUACGAGGCGUGCAUGAGCAAGGUUGCUUCUACUGGAAAUGCUGAUGCGUGUAGAAAGUUGGCCAAUUUCUACUACCUGACUUAUUUGGGUCGUUAUCCGCGGCGGGGUGAGGAUGCCACGCAAAAGCAGCAGAAGAAAAACUGGUUAUCCUCCAUUUUCGGCCGCAUGCUCUCUCCAGACGACUACCUCAAUCUCGCGCGCGAGUGGUAUGAACUCGCAUGCACCCAUGGGAGCCACGAUGCAGCUCUGACAAUGUCUUUGUUGCUGCGAUUAGAUGGGAAGUUUAAUCUUGGAAAACAAUAUCUUGAGAUGGCCGCGCAGAAGCCGGGCCUUGCCUCUGCGAUCCGUGGGUACAGGGUUAAUUGGGACAACACGGAGCUUACUAUGAAUGUUGACUUGAAACGGCUUGAUGUCUAG